AUGUCAGAAACUUCAUUACUUUUACAAGAAUUAACAGAUAUUCUUUCAGAUAGAGAAGAAAGAGAUGCUUUAAAAAGAAAAGUUGAGCUAGAAGAAGGUUUUUAUGAGUAUUGUAUGCAAUUUUAUCAAAAGAUUAUUACAGAAAAUAAGAAAAAGAUGGAAUUGUUAGAAAAUCAAUUCGGUGAAAUAGAGGCAUUAUCUAUUGAAGUAUCUUCCUAUAUCACUAAAAGACGAGAGAAACUAGAAAUACAAGAUAAAAUAGAACACGCUGCUAUCAAAGAAGAAUUGAAAAAGCUUUUUGCAGAAGAAAAAUAA